GACAGAGCAAUGGCAGGUCACGCACCGACGAUGGCAGUCCCUACCGACGCGCAGCUGAUCAAGGCGCAGGCAGAUCUGUGGCGCCACAGCCUGUGCUACUUCACGCCCAUGGCACUCCGGUGCGCCGUCCAGCUUGGCAUCCCUACCGCGAUCCACCGCCUCGGCGGCACGGCGUCGCUCUCCGACCUCGUCACGGCAUUGUCCCUGCCGGAAUCGAAGACGCCGUACCUCGGCCGCAUCAUGCGGCUGCUGGUCACAUCGGACGUCUUGUCGUCCCCCGAGGAUGGGAUCUACUGCCUCCUCCCGCUGUCGUAUCUCCUGGUGGAUGGCGUACUCAUCGACGGCGAGGCCCAUCAGGAGGCCAUCGUGCUUGCCGCGACCUCGCGCCAUUACCUGGAGGCGGCCCUGGGGCUGGCCGACUGGUUCAAAAAGGACCUGGCACUGCCGUUGCCAUCACCAUUCGAGGAAGUGCAUGGUGCGACGAUCCUCGAGGAGAGCAUGACGCUCCUCGACCCAGAGUCGGACAAGCUGUUCCAUCAAGCCGUAGCUGCCCAUGACCACAUGGGGAUCGGCACCAUAUUGCGGGAAUGCCAUGACCUAUUCAAGGGACUGGACUCCCUCACUGACUGUUGCGGUGGUGAUGGAACGACGGCCAGAGCCAUCGUCCAAGCCUUCCCACACAUCAAGUGCCAUGUGUUGGACCUUCCAAAGGUCAUCGAGAAAGCCCCGCCGAGUGAGGCAGUUAACUAUGUGGCCGGUGACCUGUUCCAUUCCAUCCCGUCCGCUCAAGCUGUGAUGCUCAAGCUUGUUCUGCACUUCUGGAGCGACGAGGAUUGCGUUAACAUCCUAUCUCACUGCAAGAAGGCAAUUCCUUCCCGAGAAGCGGGAGGCAAAUUGAUCAUCAUAGAUAUAGUGGUCGACCACCCUUCUUCAGGGGAAAUGUUGGAAACCCAACUGCUAAUGGAUGUGCUCAUGUUAGUAUGCACGAGAGGACGGCAGCGGGAUGAAAACGACUGGAGCUCAAUAUUUACGAAAGCAGGGUUUAGUGACUAUAAGAUUGUCAAGAUGCUGGGUGCUCGGGGUAUCAUCGAGGUUUACCCAUAA